GCUUUCUGAAUUUAUUUCAAUUGCUGGAUUUACAUUAUACCGAAAAACCUUUGGAUGAAAAAGUACAUGAUACCUAUAUGGCAAUGUUAGUUUUCAACACCCUUUUGCGUGCAAUUGUAAUGGUACGAAAUCGCCGAGAAUUUACACAACUUCUUGAAUUUGUGAAGACUUUGUAUGCCGAAUUAAUGAUGGAAUAUGAUUUUGAAAUACGUCGUAUAAUGCAACAGCAUACCGAUUUGGUAUUGAAAAUAUCGAAAAUAAUUUUAACAAUGGGAAUAUUGACAAGUACGGGAUUUUCCAUAUUUCCCAUUAUGUCCGAUAAGAGAGAAUUCAUUUUCGGCAUCUACGUGCCCUAUUUGAAUGAAUAUCAAAGACCCUGGUAUGAAAUCUUACUGACUUCACAAUGCAUUCUGAAUUUGUCUGGCCUUUGUAUGUUUAUACCCUUUACCGGAAUGUUUGUAUCGUUUUUAAUUUUUGCCAUUGCCAUAUCCAAAAUCCUACAACGUAAAUUGAAUAAUUUUCCCCAAGAAAUUUCAUCACGCCAACUGAUACAAGAGAAAAUUGUCGAAAGUGUUCAACUACAUUUGAAACUAAUAAGUUUAGUUGAUAAGGUCAACGAACGUACCCUGAUAAUAUCCAUGAUAGAUGUAAUAUUAUUUGUGGUCUUAUUGUGUAUUAUGCUGCUAUCUUUUAUUUUGGUUAAAACUGUCAUACAAAAAUGCAUUAUAACUGUUUAUAUUUUGAUGAUUUUUACACAAACAUUUGUCUUAUAUUAUUUCUCGAAUGAGUUGUACUAUCAAAGUUUGGAAAUCUCAACAGCUGUCUACGAUAUUAAUUGGUUCAAUUAUGAUGUCGAAACACAAAAUAUGUUGAGAUUAUUGCUACUGAGAUCUCAAAAACCAUGUGCGGUUUUAAUUUCCAAGGCAUAUCCGAUUAAUUUGAAAACGUUACAAGUCCUGCUGAAGGUUACAUAUAGUGUAUUUACUCUUUUGGAACAAUUUUAUGGUUAA